CGGGUCGGGGCAACCCCCCGCCGGGACCUCUGGGGCCAACGGAAGCUCCAGGAGCGCGGUGGAGCCUGGAGUGAAGGGCGAGGGUCCCACCGUGACCCGCCUGGAGGGCAGCCCAGCUCCGGGACGCGAAACCGCCUACGACGGUGCCGCAGCAGUUCCAAGAGCCUCUGAGUUCCUGCCUUUUUUCAUCUCUGAAUCCCCACCAUUGGCCUACAUUGGGAGUGGGGCGACCUGUGAUGCUGACGUUAGAGGACAAGGACAUGAAGGGAUUCUCCUGGGCCAUAGUCCCAGCCUUAACCUCCCUAGGCUACCUGCUUAUACUGGUGGUCUCCAUCUUUCCCUUCUGGGUGCGACUGACGAACAAGGAGUCCCACGAAGUCUUUUUCAGUGGCCUAUUUGAGAACUGCUUCAAUGCCAAAUGCUGGAAGCCUCGACCGUUAUCCAUUUACAUCAUCCUCGGCCGGGUUUUCCUGCUCUCUGCAGUUUUCUUGGCUUUCGUCACCACCUUCAUCAUGAUGCCCUUUGCAUCCGAGUUCUUCCCAAGGACCUGGAAGCAAAACUUUGUGUUAGCCUGCAUCAGCUUCUUCACAGGGGCCUGUGCCUUCCUGGCUUUGGUGCUGCAUGCCCUGGAGAUCGAGGCUCUGAGGAUGAAGCUCGGCCCCCUGCAGUUCUCCGUGCUGUGGCCUUACUACGUGCUGGGCUUUGGCAUCUUUCUGUUCAUAGUGGCUGGUACCAUCUGCCUCAUUCAAGAAAUGGUUUGCCCUUGCUGGCACUUGUUGUCCACUUCCCAGAGUAUGGAGGAGGACCAUGGGAGCCUGUACCUGGACAAUCUGGAGAGUUUGGGAGGAGAACCGAGCUCAGUACAAAAGGAGACACAGGUGACAGCAGAAACAGUCAUCUAGCCCAGGACAUGGCUUCUUUACCCUUCUUCAAGCCAUGUGAGUGUACACAUGUAGCUGUUUGUAGUCCUCCCCACCCUCUCUGCCAGUAUCUGUGCCUUUGAGGAGCUUCUUGCGUGUCAGAUCAACUCUCCACCUCCCCAUACUCACAGUGAUUCUAUCUUGCUUGUAUGUGAAAUUUGCUAAAAGUCCUUUCAACUCUUCUGAGCUUCCUAAGUGACGUUUUUGCAGGUAUUUUCAAUAAAAAGAAGGGCUACUUUGUUCA